AUGGCAACUUUGUACGGUAGUAAUAGUGGUGUUCGUCGUGGUGGCCAUGAGUCAUUCCCCAAUGUCAAUCGUGCACAAGACAUAGUGGAAUGUGGUGACACCGAACAUACGAAGAAUUAUUGUUGGGAUAAGUAUGGGAGGCCAAUAUAUGCUAACGAGGCUUCCCUUCCCAUGCCCCUUCAGGUGGACAGCAUUGUCCCUGGGACACUACCUUCAUCUGUAACAGGACCUGUUAUUCUUGUGGUCAGCAAAGCCGAUGGAGACGAAGAGGUUACAGCUGCUGGGAAUAAUAUAGUUGGAAUUGUACUUCUGCAGGAGCUGCCUCAUUUAUCUCAUCUGGGUGAGAAGGUUGUAUUUCUGACUUGUGAAGAUGAUGAUAAAGUUUCUGACAUGAAGAAACUCACUGGAAAAUCUGUGAGAUUAGAAGCAUCCUCAGCAGGCGUUAAUAUAAUUCCAUCUUCGUCGGACAAUACCAAUGAUGAUUUUCCAGGGACGAAUAUUUCAAGUAGGGGUCCUGCUACAGUUGGAACCCUAUCAGAAAAUAGUUCUUCCUCAUCCAAUGUGAUAACUUUCUCGUCAAAUCAAGGUCUAUCUACUGGGGGUGUCAUACUGCUUGCUGACUCAAGUGGACAAACUUCUGGUGCAAAGGCGGCUGCUUGUGGUCGCUUGGCUUCUCUGGCAGCAGUUGCUAACAAAGCCAAAGUGAUUGGGGGUUCUUCGACCUCAGAUCUAGCUUCUCUGAGUAUUUUGAGGCUUGUUUCUGGUUUAGAUCUUCCUGAUCUUUGUUGCACUUUGGAAUGGAUUUGUGAAGAUUUGUGA